GUAUGUAGCAAGGAGUUUUUCAGAACUGGCAUGAAUACAUUGUCAGUGGCAGAGAGAAGCCAUGGGUACAUUCGCACUGAGUUGGUUGAGGUGUAUCCCAAGGAGCUCCACUUAGUAUUCAAACCAAAUAAACCCAUCCAGUGCACAGUAAGCCUAAUCAACAAGACAGAAGAUGAAAUUUUCUUUCUUAUUAUCCCAAACAGCUCGGAGAGGUACAUCUGCGUAAAUGAAUGCAAUGUGUUACCACAUUCCACUCAUGUUUUCUAUGUGACAAUUCAAGAGCAACUGAAGCCACCUUCAGAUAUGGAUGGUCUUCAGAUCCUGUUCAUGAACACCUGGAGUCGGAAUCAUAUCCCAAAGCAUAUUAAUUUGGACAUCAACUCAAACACCACAAUCCUGCUGGACAAUCUGUGUGGGCAGAUCAGGGAGAAAGGAGGUGAGGCGCACAAGGUGUCUUUGCUGACUGUAAACUGUGACGCGGACACAACAAUCGGGAAAUUAGAGCCACGUGUUAGUAGUAUAUCAUGUCUGGUAAAAUAGCUUCUUGUUUUCUUUCUUUUGUAUUUAAUGUUGGUUUACAGGGGAGAUUUAUUUCUCCACUUUCCCUUACUCUUUCUAUAUUUUCUUAUAUUGGAGCAUCUCUAAGGCUGACAGUCACAUUGUAUAGGAUGCUCCGAGAUUUCCCUUGUUUACUAUUGGAGGCCUGAAAUCUAUAGAUGUGCACCCCACAGAACCAUGGUGAGGGUUCAACA